GACCGUCCAUCUCCACCACACCCUUGGCUCGCAGCGUCGACAUGGUCGUCGGCGCUGUGUGCGCCCGAUGCAAGCUCGACGUCGGAGGCGGCGCAGUGCCGGAGUCUCGCUGCUGAGAUCCACGCGGCGUGCAUGAUAGGCGCCUCGGCCACCGGCGGCAGCGGAUGCUUCCCCGCCUCCACUCGACCCCGACUCACGGCGACUGUGCAGCCACACAUCGCUGACGACGUGCGGCGAAUGCGAGGCCGCGGCUCCUUCUCUGCACACCCUAUCAGCCUCACAAUCAAGACACCGCCAUGAUCACCCUCUGGUCGCUCGACAAUUCGCGCGCGUUCCGCGUGCACUGGCUGCUCGCCGAGCUGGGGCAAGAGUUCGAGCUGCACACCUAUCCGCGCGAAGGCGGCAAGCGGGCGCCCGCAAGCAUGAAGAGCGACUCGAACUUCUCGCUCGGCAAGAGUCCCGUGCUGCAGGACGGCGAGCUGACGGUGUGGGAGAGCGGCAACUGCCUGCAGUACUUGGCGGAACGCUACGGUGCCGAGCAGGGCUUCUUGCCCGGUACCUCGGACUGGGCUGCUCGCACAGAGGUGCUGGCCUGGCUGCAUUUCAGCGAGUCGACGAUGCUGCACGCCUUGGCCAUCAUCUACGCCCGCUGGUUCACGCCCGACCAUGCCGAUGAGCUCGAGGCGAGCGCGGCAAAGAACGUGCUCAACGACCUGCAGUUCCUCGAGGACCAGCUGGCGAAGCGAGCGUCGGGCCCCAAGUUCAUCGUCGGCGACAAGCUGAGCAUUGCCGACAUCUCCUUCACCUUCACAGCCGAGUACAUCUUCGGCAAGGAGAUUGCGCUCAAGAGCCACGAGGCAGAGAGCAAGUACCCCACCAUCGUGGCGUGGCUGCGCGAGAUGGAGCAGCGGCCCGCGUACGACAAGACCGUGCGCGAGGGCGCAAAGCACGACUUCUCUCUCGUGCACGGCGCCGGUUAGGCGUGAGCGAGGGGCGCAGCACUGAGGCUCGAGGCUGCCUCGCUGGCAGCCAAAUUAUAAUCUGAUUGCUUCCUUCCCUUCCAA